ACAUGUACUUAUGUCGGUCGACUUCUUUCUCUCUUCUCUCUCUAAAAAACUUUUCAGAGAAAAAGAUUUCGAUCGGGUUUAUGGUCAUGCCGUGCCGGCUUAUGAUUUCAUAUGUAGUCCGGUCUUGCUGUUCUAUCUUGUUGUCUUAUCUCGCCGUCCGGUGUAUCCGGCUUUCCUCACGGCUAUUUCGUUGCCGUUUUUGUUGUUUCACCGAACUGAUUGGGGAAACACUUUGAUCUCAGUUUCUUCUUCCUUUCCUAGCUGGAAUUUCCCAUGGCCUAAUCUCGAUCCGCUCCACCACCAUCUACAACGAGGUUGCUUGGCUCCUUUCAACCGUAUUUUCGUCGAUUUGUUCGACUAUAAUGGCCCGGCGUUCUUGACGGUUUCAAUUACCUCAUUUGAGGUCCGUCUUGCCAUUCUAGGAAGCCAAAGUUUCAAUUGUCGAAGUCUACUCUCUUAUCAACUGAUGACAAGAGUUCAGAAGCUUUACCUCAUGUGGUUGCUAGUUUUCCGGCGACUUCUUUUAUGCUUUUGUUCUUGGGAAAGAUACAGUGGUGGAAAGAAGAACCACUGAAGUUAGAUUGCAUUCUUAAUCUCUUUUUUGGUUUAAUAGUUUCUUUGUUCAGUAAUAAUGUGUGGAGAUGAUUCUGGUUGUUAUUUUGCUGGAAAAUAUGCUCAAACAAAGUUUGUGGGUACCGGUUAUUUAUGUUUGCCGGUUAACCCGGUUUGUAAGGCCGUUGGUUUAAUAAAUAUCCUUUAGAA